GACGGUGUGAGUUUGUGGUCCUUCAUCACGGCAAAGCAAUUGCAGCCUUCUUCAACCAAACCAGCAUGGAAUAUGCAGUCUAGAGUCCUGUGAAUGUGGCUGAAUUUGGGGGAAUACGAGCAUCUACCAUGAAUUUGAACAACUCAGUGGCUUCAUCAACCUUGCAGUUCAUUUGCUUUCUGAACGUUGCCACACAUAGCACACCCGUCAGCAAAAGCCUCCCUGAGCAGCGAAUUUGGAAUGGUGUUGAGUUGAUCAGAGUUGCCGCCACUCUAGCUACUUGAGUUGAGUGCUUUCUAACUAUCACGAACCGAACUUCCCACGCAAACGAAACACGUUCACUCCAGAGGUCUGUCACAGCUACACACAAAACGAAGGAGAUCCACGGGCAAUGGUGCUUGAACGAUUUCUUGUACCUCAUUCUUUUUCCUUUUUUUCUGGCUAGAUGCCCAACCCUAAAAGCUCAGCCGUCCUUCUAGUUCUAUGCAUACAUAAUUCGCCAAAGUUAGUCACAACCAGAGUUCCAUCGAAUCGAAUAAUCUUACCCGAAUUCCUUUUCCCACAACUACUUCCGCACCGAAUUUACCCAGUUCGCCGUCGUCCACACACUAAACAAUGCUGCCAUACAAGUCCAUCGAGGCGGCGGCGGCCCAAUUGGGCCGCAACCUGACCUACGCCGAGACACUGUGGUUCAAUUACUCCGCCGAAAAGUCCGAUGGCGUCCUCGCCUGCCACAACAUUCUCUUCGUCUGCCUAAUCUUCUCUGUGGUUCCGCUCCCCUUCGUCUUCAUCCAGCUGCUCCGAUCCCCUUUCUUCGAGAAACACAAAAUUCAGCCCAAAAUCCAGACGCCCGCCGCCGAAAUCUUCAACUGCUACAAGGACGUCAUGCUCAACCUCUUAUUCGUCGUCGGUCCGCUGCAGCUCGUCUCUUACCCUUCCGUCAAGGCUGUUGGGAUACAUACAGGGCUGCCAUUGCCAUCAGUUGGGGAAAUCGCUGCCCAGCUGUUGGUUUACUUCGUGGUUGAGGAUUAUACCACUUACUGGAUGCACAGAUUCCUUCAUUGCAAAUGGGGUUACGAGAAAAUCCACAAGGUUCAUCACCACUACACAUCCCCAAUUGCAUUUGCCGCACCAUAUCUUCACUGGGCUGAAAUCUUGAUCCUAGGGAUCGCAUCUUUUCUGGGGCCGGCAAUGGUUCCUGGUCACGUGGUCACUUUCUGGCUCUGGUUUGUUUUGCGGCAGAUGGAGGCCUUAGAAACGCACAGUGGAUAUGAUUUCCCAUGGAGUGUGACGAAAUGCAUACCAUUCUAUGGUGGCGCAGAGUACCAUGACUACCAUCACUAUGUUGGGGGCCAAAGCCAGAGCAACUUCGCGUCGGUGUUCACUUACUGUGAUUACAUUUAUGGAACUGACAAGGGUUACCGAUAUCAAAAGAAGGCCCUAAAGAAGCUGCGAGAGGGAGUAAAUGGUGGGGAAGACGGAGAUGGAGGCUUCAAAUCGGACUAGAACGUGAUCAGAGCUCUCAAGGUUGUGUUAACAUGGCAGAAGUAAUAAGUUGGGUUAGCUUGUGGUGUGUGAGCCUAGGCAGAGUUUUUGUCGGUAUGGAUUGCAUUUGUAUCUCAGUUGAAGGUGGUGAAUCAAUAAGUGUGCUGUUUCUGUCAACAUGGGAGCUUUCUUAGGGCCGUCAUUUUCAUGUAGGGUUGGGGUUGAUAUUGUUUAUUAAUGACUUUAUUCAAAAUAGUUCGGGUUUUAGUUAUAUUCGUAUUCAUAUACAUACAAGUAUAGUGUAGAAAAUUGAAACCAUGUUCAUACUCAGCGAUCGGAUUUCAGGUAUUUAUGGUUAUAGGUAGUAAUUUUUCUUCAUAGUUUCGAUAAAAAUGUUAACAAUUAGACGUAUAUUAAUAUAUUAUUUAAGUG